ACUCGAUGUGGUAACCUUUAAACAUUGUGAAAUGGAGAAAAAAAAGUUCUCACACAUCAACACGGUUAAAGAUGUAUGUAUUUUUACAGACCAGCUCUCAUGUCACUGCAUAUGUCAUUGUGCUAAUAAACCUGUUUAGAAUAGUUUGUCUUGUCACAUUUGUGGACUGAAACUGUUGAAGAAAAUGUUUCACACGAUUCGGUUCUGUUUGUGCUUGUGUGCUUGUCUGGUUGGUGUGUUUGGUGUUACAGAUGAGAUGAAGUCAGUGUCAGUGAUGGUGGGAGACUCUGUCACUUUACACACUGAUAGAGAAAUGAGGAAUAAUGAUCUUAUCUUCUGGAGGUUUGGACCUGAAAACACUUUAAUAGUUGAAAUCAAUGUAACAGACAGCAGUGUGACCGUAAAUGAUGAUUAUGAUGUGAGAUUUAGAGGCAGAAUGAUGGUGGAUCAUCAGACUGGAUGUCUGACCAUCACAAACACCAGAACUGAACAUGCUGGACGUUAUGAACUAGAGACCAACCGCAUGAAGAAGUUUUUCAUUCUCAUUGUCCAUGGUGGGGUUGGUGAUAAAGAUGAGAUGAAAACACAGUCAGUUAUGGAGGAAGUCUCUCUCACUUUACACACUGAUAGAGAAAUGAGGAAUAAUGAUCUGAUUCUCUGGAGGUUUGGAAACUAUUUAAUAGCUGAAAUCAAUAAAACAGGAGACAGAAACACUGUAUAUGAUAAUGUUCUUGAUGGGAGAUUCAGAGGCAGACUGCAGGUGGAUCGUGAAACUGGAUCUCUGACCAUCACAAACACCAAAACUGAACACACUGGAUUGUAUCAACUACAGACCAACCAUACGAGGAAGUUUUUCACGCUCAGCGUCUGUGCUCCUCUGCCUGUUCCGGUCAUCUUCAGUCACUGUCCUCAAACUCCUUCAUCGUCAUCAAUGUCCAAAUAUUCAUUGCUGUGCUCAGUGUUGAACGUGAGUCAUGUGACGCUCUCCUGGUACAAAGGAAACAGUUUAUUGUCCAGCACCAGUGUGUCUGAUCUCAGCAUCAGUCUCUCCCUGCCUCUGGAGGUGGAAUAUCAGGAUAAAAACACCUACAGCUGUGUGCUGAACAAUUCAUUCGCUAAUCAGACUCAACAUCUGGACAUCACUCUACUCUGUUCAGACUCUGUCCGCGGUUGUGAUGCUGUUGAAGCUGUGAUCCGAUUGGUCGUCACUGUGCUGGUGGGCGUGGCUGCCGUGGCUGCUGCUGUCGUGCUGGUUUAUGACAUCAGAUCCAGAAGAGCUGAACUGGAUCAAGCACAAAUUCCCACAUCAGGAUUGUAAAUGAUGAUGUAAUUUCUUCUUCUUCUUUUUUUUAAUCAUUGAUGAAUCUUCAUUUAUUUAGAAUGGCUUUAUAUAUUCUUCUGCUGGUGUCGAUGUUGCUUUAUCAGCAGCUCAUUUUCACCCUACAAGAUGAUUUGAGUAUGAACAGCAACACAUUCUCACAUUAAUGUUUGUCAAUUAGUGUUUGUCAUGAUAAAUACUGAUUGCUUUGCUCACACUGUAGAUUAGAUAGUAUAAACAUGCGUUUCUUUUUAAUCUUUUUCCCCACAAUCAAAUCUCAUUUGUUGACCACUGCUACCUGUUUGCCAUUUGUAACUGCUUGCCCUGAUCAAUAAAAUUCUCACUCUGA